CCUGAUGAGGUUGGAGAAUACACGGCGAGGGAUCUGAGACCGUUCCUCCAUACAGAACCUCUCCAGAUUUCGAGGUCCACGCUGGUGGACUCUCCUCUUCAGUUCACCCCACAGGUUCCUGUACAGUUCCUAGUUCCUGUACAGCCUCUAUUACAGUUACAGUGAGACGUUUGGGCGUUGUGACAGGUUAAUACUCCACACUAGGGGUGUGUGUGUGUGUGUGUGUGUGUGUGUGACAGAGAGAUUAACUACAAAACGGUCCACUUUGUUGUCAUAUAACGGUUUUCACGGUCAUUUAGAAGAGCUGAAUGCUGAUUGGUUAAAACUGUUCUAGAACGCGUGGUGUCAUGACGGAAAAUAUUUCAAAAAUGACAGUUAUUAAAGCAGCACGCCGCUCGAGCACGGUGUGCCAGUGAUUUCAUCACGACACGCCCUCUUGUGGCGGACUAUAGAAAUGGCGGGAGCGGGAAAGGGCCAGGUCAGCUGAACACCACUACAAUGAAGCUGUCCCGAGCAGCAGUCAGCAGUGGUGAAGACUACAAGAUCCAUAAACAGGUUUAGUCGAAUAUGAAGACGUGUAUACGAGCUUCGGCGUUUUUCCGCUCGCUCUGUCGAUUCAGUCCUCUUCAUCGGAGCAUGAGUUGGUCACCGAGACAAAUCAGAUGCUGGAAAGGUCCAGAGUCGUCAGAUAUUCCAUCAGACUGUCCUCGAGUCCUGAUCACGGGUGGCCUUGGGCAGCUCGGUAUCGGACUGGCGCAGAUGCUGAGGCAGCAGUAUGGUCGAGAAAACGUGAUCCUGUCUGAUAUCAAGAAGCCUCCAGCAGAAGUGUUGGACAUGGGUCCCUUCGUGUACGCUGAUGUUCUGGAUUAUAAAAACCUGCGUGAGCUGGUGGUGAAUAACGGCAUCACGUGGCUGGUGCAUUACAGCGCAAUGCUCAGUGCUGUGGGAGAAACCAACGUCCAACUGUCCAGAGCCAUCAACAUCACAGGAUUGCAUAACGUCUUAGACCUGGCUCUGGACAACUCCAUGCGCCUCUUCGUUCCCAGCACCAUUGGAGCGUUUGGCCCCACCUCUCCCAGAGACCCCGCCCCCGAUCUCUGCAUCCAGAGGCCUCGCACCAUUUACGGCGUCUCCAAGGUCCACGCCGAGCUCAUGGGCGAGUAUCUGCACCAUAAAUACGGCUUGGAUUUCCGCUGUCUACGUUAUCCUGGAGUUAUCUCAGCCUACACGCACGCUGGCGGUGGCACCACAGACUACGCGGUCCAGAUUUUCCAUGACGCUCUCAGCACUGGACACCAUGAGUGUUACCUGCACCCAAAGACACGCCUACCCAUGAUGCACAUCUCCGACUGCCACCGGGCCACUGUUGAGUUCAUGCAGGCUCCUGAAUGUCAGCUCUAUCUCCGCACAUACAACAUCGCCGCCAUUAGCUUCACCCCCGAGGAGGUGGUGGAGGAGAUCCGCAAACACCUUCCUCACCUGAGGGUCACCUACAAACCAGACCCCAUCCGUCAGAACAUUGCAGACAGCUGGCCGAUGCGGUUUGACGACUCUAAUGCUCGGAGAGAUUGGGGCUGGGAGCCGGCGUUCGGACUUCCCGAGCUCGUCACGGACAUGCUGAGUCACCACCGGAACAGGAGAGCGAGCGUGGACCUCGGCGUUAGCUAGCAGCCUCGUCACACCACACCGUUGUUGAUAACUUUCCUAUAACAGCACAACACGGAGUGUUUUAUUCCUUACCAAAUGCAGGUCUCUGCUCAGGGUCAACAUUGUGUACAUCACAUUUGGAAGUUGUAGCUUGAGAAGUCAAGGAGAAACAAAAUCUGCGUUCUUUCUGGGAUGAUGAAGGAAUGAAAGAAGGGAUUGGUGCUGUAUAGUGCAUUAGCUGCUGAUUUUUAUUAAUCAAUUUUAUACAUUCUAUGUUUUUUUUUUUUUUUUAAAUAUAUAUAUAAAAAAAAACAUUUUAGAAGUAUCCAAACCUCCAUUUGAGAUCCAUUGAGAGAA